UUACAUACGUUAUUAGGCACGUUCAUCUGACUACACAUAGCUAGUGCCACUCGACAAGUGUUAAUGGAACGGUUUGAGCAUCCACAGUCACCUCUCACUACUGUAACUUCAGGCUGAACUCUCAUGGCUCCACAACUUCUAGACGGACCGCUUCGCUCUGCGCAUGCGCAUACGCAAACGACUCGCAGAGCAGGUCGCGAACUCUGACCUCCCAGAGACGAACCGAUUUCGGAAAAUUAUCAAAACAUUGGUGUUGCGGUAAUAAAACACACCGACACGGGGUGUGUGCGCAUGUAUGUGCAUGUGUCUGAUGGGGAAUAUUUGAGCCAAAGCAACGUGGGAUCGUAACCAUGGCGGGAGAAAGUCCCAGAAUCCAGCUGGUGUCUGCAGACGGAGGCCUUCAGAUUGUGACAGAUCAGCAGUUGGGCCAAAAGGUGCAGAUAGUAACAGCAUAUGACCAGGCAGGAGCCGGUAAACAACAGUUCAUAUUGGCCAAUGUAGACUACCCCAACCAGGACAAAUUACUUGUGAAGCAUGAGACCUCACCUGGCAAAGUCAUCCUCACGUCUGCUGAUGGUUCAGCCGUUAAUCAGCUGCUCUUCACGUCACCUGAGUUGGCAGGACAACAGAUCCAGUUUGUGACCGAGAGUACAGAACAAGGCUCUGUCAAGCCUGUUGUAGAGUACUGUGUAGUGUGUGGAGACAAGGCCUCUGGGCGUCACUAUGGGGCAGUCAGCUGUGAGGGCUGCAAAGGCUUCUUCAAGCGCAGCAUCCGCAAGAAUCUCGUGUACACGUGCCGCGGCUCGGGCGAGUGCGUGAUCAACAAGCACCACCGCAACCGCUGCCAGUACUGCAGACUGCAGCGCUGCAUGGCACUGGGCAUGAAACAGGACUCUGUGCAAUGUGAGAGGAAGCCAGUGGAGGUGUCGAGGGAGAAGCCAGUCAACUGUGCUCCCUCGAUCGAGAAGAUUUACAUCCGCAAGAACCUUUGCAGUCCUCUUGCUGCCAUGCCUACGUUUGUCAGUGAUAAAGAGACAGCCAGGUCUGCCAGUCUGUUAGACUCUAAAAUGCUUCUGAACAUUCAACAGUCUCUCUCCAAACUAGACAACACAAUACUCAUCCCUUCCUCACCAGACCAGAAUGAUUCGUGUCAAGGUGACCUAAGUACGCUGGCCAACGUGGUCACAUCUCUUGCCCACAUUACCAAGAGCCGUGAGGUGACUGACAGUAAUGCCGACCUAUCAGGGAUGGAGACCAUGAGCAACGAGGAUGGCUCCAUGACUGAUGUCCAACCAGAUGAGCAGAAUUCCAACGAGAUUACUCGGGCCUUUGACACACUGGCAAAGGUUCUGCAGCCAGAGGCUAGUGGAGAGCCUGUGGAGGAGGGUAUUUCAGUGGGAACAGAGGAGCAGAGUGCAGCCCUGCUGGAGCUGGAGGGGCCGCUGCUCUCUGAAAUUCACGUGCCCUUUAAGCUGAUGAUGCCCUUGCCGGUGCCGGAGUUCCUGAAUCUAAACUACAUCUGCGAGUCAGCUUCCCGCUUGCUGUUCCUCUCCAUGCACUGGGCACGGUCCAUCCCUGCUUUCCAGGCCCUUGGACCAGAAAAUGGAAUCACUUUAAUAAAGGCUUGCUGGAAUGAGCUAUUUGCGUUGGGCAUGGCCCAGUGUGCUCAGGUCAUGAAUGUAGAGACAAUCCUCACUGCAAUCGUGAGUCACCUCCAGAGCAGCUUGGAGGAAGAAAAACUGUCUGCCGAGCGAGUGAAGCAAGUGAUGGAGCACAUCUGGCGAAUGCAGGAGUUUUGUAACAGUAUGAGUCGGGUGAACCCUGAUGCCUAUGAAUACGCCUACCUCAAAGCCACUGUUCUCUUCAGCCCAGAUUUUGCUGGAGUAGACAGCACUCUUCAGAUUGAGCGGUUCCAGGAGAAAGCAUACAUGGAAUUGCAGGACUAUGUCAGCAGGGCCUAUCCAGAGGAUACUUAUCGUCUGUCGAAGCUGCUCUUACGCCUGCCUGCUCUGCGCCUCAUGAGUGCAGCUGUGACCGAGGAGCUGUUCUUUGCUGGCCUCAUCGGAAACGUCCAGAUCGACAGUAUCAUUCCCUACAUCCUCAAAAUGGACUCCACUGACUACAACAGCCAGUCAGUCAGCACCACAGAGUGACUCUUGGCCCAUCCCUCAGGCAUACCUGCUCAGCAUCAGGGCUCUAAUGGCCAGGAUACUGGACCGUGACCUCUCAGCCCUAAAACUGACCUUUUGCCCCUUUUUUGGACUCCAAAAUAAACAGCCAAUGGAAUGUGGCCAUUUGAAUGAACAUAACAUUGACAGACAGCUCUUGCUUAUUGCAGGCAGGUGCAUUUCGGAGGCGGAGGACAUUAUAAUUAGGACUGCUUUUUAAUUUUGCAUUCAUAUGAAGCGCAACGCAGCCUUGUAUUGGACAACGGAUACUGUGAGCCAUGGUGUGCAUUUGGUUGGAACAGUUGAAAUUUUUCAACAUUCAGGUCACCACGUUUGAGAACGUCUGUGGAGGUGUGAUGUGUGGAAAAGACUUAAUUAAACAUUUGUUUGGCUUAGUGAGCAUUGCCCAUUUUGCAUUCUAGCGCACUGACUCCUGUAUGUACAUUAAUUAUGUAUAUAAGUACAAUAAAUGUCAAUUCUCCUACAGAGAA